AUGACGGGUGUGCACAAGGAACGAGUAGUAAGAGUGAAAUACGGAGGCAUGAGGUUCAGUGGAGCUAAAACUGUGCAGAAAUUGCUAUUGGUCACUACGCCUAUGAAUUUUAAAUGCUCAACUGGUGGGGGUACGGCGCAGGACUCGUGUAUUCACUACCCCAAAAAGGUCCCACGAGGGGCCAACAACAGUGCUUGGAGGUCCGUUGGCGUCUUGUGGAACUCCGAAUACACGGAUUAUGUGCCAAGUAAUUUGUACAGUCGAUAUCUUUGUUUUUAG